CAGAAGACCCAAGGCUGAGAUUUUAUCUGGGAAAAGGGAUGCUGGGUGUCGGGAUUAUUGGGGUUUGGGUUUUCACUGCUCUGGUAUGACUCAACCAUCUUUGCAGUGAACAUUUUUUUUGUCCUUGUUUUUCUAUCAUGUUCAUUUCCCAAUUUACAUUUCCACCCACUCCUCCAUUACACUCACUCUACAACCAAAAAGCACACGGGCAAAGCCCGGGGAAAACAGUUCUGGCCAUGGAUCCAGCCACAUUCUGUCCCCAUGGAUCCGUUUCCCCCCUCCUAGACUGAGGAGAGAGGCGUGUCUUCAGCAAUCCACUGGAAAUGAGAUUGUCAUGAAAAUUCAUCAGACUUCCCUACUAGUUUAGAGUUGGCUUCUUUUACCUUUGUGUAAUUAUUGUGCAUAUCUUUCCCCGAUUUUCUUUCUGCAUCUCUUUACGCCAGUCCCACCAUGUUUCUCUAUAUUCAUGAUGGUCAUUUCUCACAGAGCAUAUCCUGUUUCAUUCAUGAGCCAUUACUCAGUCAUUUUCCCCAAUGGACUUUGUCUCCGAUCAUCCGCUUUCACAAACAUACAAAAACAAUGCCAUGAAUAUAUUGGUAUAUUUGGGGACUUUCUUUCUGCCCAGGACACUUUUCAAUGGGAUGGGCAUUGAGCUGCCAACAGGUGAGCUCUUUAGCUGGGAAAACCGACUUCCUCCCCCUGCUGCCAAGAGAGCCGUGGAGAACCUGCCAAAAUCCACCAUCACAGGGGCCCAGGCUGACGCAGGUGUCAAAUGCCCUGUAUGUCUUCUGGAGUUUGAGGAGGAGCAGACUGCCCUGGAGAUGCCCUGUGAGCAUCUAUUUCAUUCAGACUGCAUCGUGCCCUGGCUAGGCAAGACCAACAGUUGCCCUCUGUGCAGAUAUGAGCUGCCUACAGACAAUGAGGACUAUGAAGAUUACAGGAGAGAAAAGUCAGGGAAGGAUCCAGAGAUGUGCCUGGAUCCCGCUGAAAGGAGGGAACGUCUCCUCUCAGACCAGAAUGCUUUUGCUAGGGCCAACAAGGCCCUGGCCCUGAAACAGCCUUGGGCAGACUUGGAUGGGAACAUCCGAUGCCGCCUCUUCUUGGGUCUGAUCAUCACGGCCUUAAUGCUGCCCCUCUUGAAGUGGAUUAUUGUGGCUACCACGGAGCGUCCUGUGAAUCUUCAUAACCCGGCAGCGUGGCAUCAGGGGGCCACGGCCAAAGGUUGGGGCUUCGAUCCAAGACCAGGAGACUAAACUGGAUCAUGGGGAAAGAGAAGCCAGCUCCGCCCAACCAUUGGGUCCCAUUAAGGAAUACUGGUUGGUGCUGGAGUUGAAGAAACCCUGGGGAGCCCUCUUUGGUGGGCUUGGUUCCACCAGUUGUACCCUUGCACGCUGACCCCAGCCCCCAGGGGUAUAAGCUAAAUCACCCCUUGCUACAUAGAGCUGAAUAAAAACCCCUCCAGGGUAAAAGGAA